AGGGAAGAUAUACCUUCUCUCUUUCUCGCCCCUGUCAGCCUGUCUCUGCUCCUCUCCCUCCCUCUCUCUGGCCACUUCUCCUGUCAAAAAGGAGCCAUUAACAAGUGUUUGGCAGCCAUUUAUAGUCAAUCAGAGUCCCAUUACUCUUGCUUGUUUUCUUUUGUAUUCACUUGUGGUUUGUCUGUUAUUUACUUCACACUUUACCUUUCCCUCCCUCUCUGUUUAUUCCUUCUCCUGAAAAAUGUCUCGCUAUUUGGCAAAAUGGACUGUAUCAGAAAAGGAAAAAGCUGAAGUCUCUUAUGUUGGAUAUGCCAAUCUCCCUAACCAAGUCUUUAGAAAGGCUGUCAAGAGAGGCUUCCAAUUUUCACUAAUGGUCGUAGGUCAGAGUGGUCUAGGAAAGUCGACUCUCAUCAAUUCAUUAUUCAUGACUGAUCUUUAUGAGGACUGUGUUUAUAGCCCCUCUCCCCAGAGGAUGCCGAGGACAACAGAGAUCAAGGAGUCCACAGUUUCUGUUGAAGAGGGCGGAGUUAGACUAGAGCUCACUCUUAUUGAUACUCCAGGCUUUGGAGACAUUGUUGAUAAUAGCCAAUGCUGGAGGCCAAUAGUUGAUUACAUUGACUCAAAGUAUGAGAAGUAUUUGAAUGACGAGUCAAGAGUCAAUAGAGGCUACACUGAAGACUACCGCAUCCACUGCUGCCUCUACUUCAUACCUCCUAAUGGACACGGUUUGCGUCAAAUUGAUAUUGAGUUCAUGAAACAGCUCCACAACAAGACUAAUAUUGUUCCAGUUAUUGCUAAAGCUGAUACCUUCACUCCUGAAGAAGUUGUCAGGUUCAAGAAAGUGGUGCUACAAGACAUUGCUGACAACGGGAUUAAGAUAUAUCAGUUCCCUGACGCCCAGCUUGACGAAGAGGAUGACGCUGCUAAUCAAAAACUGAGAGAGGCAAUCCCAUUUGCUGUUGUUGGGAGUAACACUAUUCUGGAGGUUAAUCAAAAGAAGGUGCGUGGGCGUCAGUACCCGUGGGGCGUGGCUGAAGUUGAGAAUGCCGAUCAUUGCGACUUUACCACAUUAAGAAAUAUGAUAAUCAGAACUCACAUGCAAGACCUCAAGGACAUUACCAAUAAUGUCCACUAUGAGAAUUAUCGCUGCACUAAACUUGCUAACGUCAGCUCCGUCACCGGAUCUGCUACCGACAAGAUUGCUCCUUCACGUGAUCCAUUGGCUCAGUUUGAGGUGGAGAAGAAGGAGCACGAGAAGAAGAUGAGGAGAAUGGAGGAGGAAAUGGAGGACGUCUUUGAGGUCAAAGUCCGCGAGAAACUUCAAAAGCUUGAAGACAUCAAGCACGACUUGAAUAGGCGUAAGGAGGCAAUGACACGAACCAUUGAGCAGCUGGAGAGAGACUUGAAUGAGAGCAAGAGACAGUUUGACGAGGACAAGAGACAGUAUGACAUUGAACAGCAAAAGUACAUGGAACAAGUGGAGUCUCAAAUGAGGCAGCAGGCACCAGCAAAAGGGAAGAAAGACGAUAAAUCCGCCAAGAAGAAGAAAUAAAUUAUGAGAAGUUUAUUAGACCACACCCUUUUCUAUGGGUUAGUAGCCCAUGCAAUUAGUUAAUUACACAUUAUUAUUAUUAUUAUUAUUAUUAUUAUUAUUAUUAUUGUUAUUAUUAUCAUUAUUAUUAUUAUUAUAGUUUAUUGUGAGACUCAAAAGCACUACUCUUUAUUAUUUAAGUUAGUAAUCAAAAAAUUUUUCAUUUAGUUUCAUUUUUAUCAGAGA